UAGUCAAGCGUCGCAAGUCGAACAACAGCUUUUGUUUCCCUUUUCCUUUUUGAAUAGUUCAAAUCGCUCGUGAAACGCCAGUAAAAACUAACAAUACGUCCAACACUCGGUCAUAAAUCUAUUGUGAAUUCCCGGAUUGUUUUCUAUUAUGCAGGCGUGUGAAUAAAUCACGCUGUGGGCUGUGACACCUUAAAUCUAAUUGGAAUUCAAUCGACGACUGAACAAGAGGGAAAAAUGCGGAAUCGAAAAAAUCUAGUCUACUUCGCUCUCGCCAUUUCCUUUCUUCUCUACAUGAAUUUCACCUUCUUUCGAGCAAUUUACAACGAUAUCGAAAGAUGGAACGAGACUGCCACCACUUCGUCCAGCGAUUUGAACGCACUACUCGAAUCGCCUUUUGGACUCGCCGGUCCGGCAAUGACGGAAUCGGCAGACUUUUUCUUUGGCGGGUUCGACAACGAGACGGGCCGGACUUUCGACGGACGUUUGAUUGUUCCCAACAUUAUUCAUUACAUUCGAUUCAACGUCACCAAAUUCAGUUUCGUAGACUACAUCUGUUUGCGCUCGGCGUACCUGGCUCAGAAACCCGACCGCAUUUACCUGCACACGAACGUCAAAGAGAUUCACUUUACCGGCAUCUACUGGCAGUGGAUCCGGAAAAGCGAACGGGAUUUGUACAGCCGCAUCGUCAUCCAGCCGAUGGAAUUGCCCAAGGAGAUUUACGGCCAGCCGCUCAGCGAGGACUGGGGACUCUUCCACGGCUCCGACGUUGCCCGCAUUCAGAUUAUGAUGAAGUACGGUGGCAUUUACUUGGACAACGACGUCUACGUCGUUCACAAUCUCAACGCCUACAGGAAAUACGAAAUAGCCAUGGGUUGGGACGAAAGUCAGUUCAUCGGCAGUCAGGUGAUUAUUGCCCAUCGAAAAGCACGCUUCCUGCCACUCUGGCUGGAUUGCUACCGAAAAUACAACCCCAAUUCAUGGUAUUACAAUGCCGGCGAGCGCCCGACAGUCGAGAUCCUUUACAAGCAGCCGGAAUUGAUGCACCGUGUCAAGUUGCGGCUCGGCGUCGCUCAGCUGAUGGAUGAACUCUACGAAUCCAAGGAAUGGCCAAACUGGGACCAGAAUUACGACACGAUGCACUUGCUAACAGGUCACCGUUAUUACUUGGAUCCUCAUUUCAAAGAGUAUCCGGAUUUUAAUGAGCGCAACAUUCAACACUAUCCGUACAUGUUUGGCAAGUUGGCACGUCUAGUAGUUCCGCCAAAUCGACUGCUGAGUCCAUCAGCAAAGAAAAAGCUCGAAAAGUUAAAGAAAUGACAUUGCUUACUAAGAUCUAAUUCUUGACAUGCGAUUGCCAAUAAGUAAGUUGAAUAAAACAUUUUCAAAUAAUUUAUUGGCUGAUUUUCUUUUAAGGAGAGAUCAAAUAAGAGCAGCAGUUUCCUUUUGAGUCGCCCGCUCUUUUUUACAAUUAAAACCAAAUGAAAGUCGAUGCUUUGUGUGUGUUCGUCGUCAAGUGACUUGCAAUCCUUUUUACCGGUUUAGGUCUUAUCUCAUUUCUAUUCCGAUGGGGAUGCCGCUGUUGAAUUGUUUUUCUCUUUUAACGGUCGUCAAUGCGACGUCCACGCCCUUAAUUUGCAUUCAACCGAUUCCUUUGCUCAGUCGGUUCUAUUUGCAUCUUAUUUCACAACCAUAAUCGAAUUACAGUUAUUUGGGUUCAAGUAUACGCAAUCCCGUUAUUGGAAGUGCACAGGAGUAAAAGAAAAAAGCCAUCGGUGUUAAUUGUCUGGAUAAAAUGGGGGACUGGAAUCGAAAGGCCUUUUGUCAAAAGUCAACCAUAUCGAUUAUGUUGCGUGGCGGAUUUUUCUUGGGAAGAAAAAAAAGGGGGCGGAGAUGGAUUCCAGCGGGUCUUGUUUUCCAAUGUUCCUGUUUCUUUUUUCUGUUUCAGUUGGGGAAACGGGGUGACAACUCCUUGACUAAAAUAGAUCGGCAGACCAAACUUGACGACAAGUGAAUCUCCAAAUAGGGAAAUUUCCCCCAUACUAUAAAUUGGACAAUAAAGGCGAUUCACGACGACACACAGUUCAUUCGGUCCGAAACCGCGAAACGGGAAACUACCCCAACUUCUUAUCGUCGCAACUCGCAUGCAAUCUCAUUUAAAUGUUGUUGAGGAAGCUGAUUGAAGUGCUCCUGAUGGGACUGCUGUUUAUUAUUGGUGGGAUUGCAAGUCAGAACUGCCCUUAUCAACCGACUUAUUUUGAAGACCCUGACUAUCGCUCGGAACGGCCUAAUUAUCCUGCCAAAUCGAUUUUCCCUGUCGCAAAUGCCAAAUUCCCAUACGAUGCUGAUCAACAGGGAGGAGGCUACAGCAAAUACUCGUCGGGGGGAUCAGCUCAUUGCCCCAAAAUUGGCGGUUUGGAAUCGCAUUGCCGCCCGGCAAAAGAUUGCGCCGUUUGGUACGAUCUCGCCCGGAAGACUCCGGGGACUGGCUGUACACUUGAAAACGGACACGGGAAAGGCAUCUGCUGUCCGGAUCUUCCCCUCAACAGUCGUCACGGAAAGCCGUUUAGUAAUCCGGGAUUGUGCCAGCAAGGCUACAAAUUGGACGCUCACGUUGAAGGUAUCGACAUCGUCGCUGUCAACGAAGCCGCCGACGCGGGAAACUUGCAGAUGAGUACAGCCAAAGCCACCGAGAAGCGUCUCUUUGACAACAACAUCCGAGUCAGACCCGGAUCAGAUCGCCACACUCACAGUUGGCUCUUCUUUCACUCGACCAACGAAUCGGUGAAAAUUAGCAACGGCUCAAUGUACGGAGUUUACACGGCCCAACAACUCGUUAAAAGGUAUCGAAUUAAGCCGGAGCAGGUCCACUGCGCUUUGAACCGGUUUGAUCUGAAAGACACGGUCAUAUCCAAAACGUGUCCGACUUUCCCGGACUGCGAUCUAAAGACAUUUAAUUCCCCGUUUCGAACGAUUACGGGCAUUUGCAACAACAUUCAUCCACCUGGGCAUGUCCCCUGGGGUCUGCCGAGAACCCAAUACCAACGGGCUCUCGCCCCAAAUUACGCCGACGGCUUGUGGAUACCCCGACAGGCUAAACAUGGUGGCGAACUCCCACCUCCCCGCGUGAUAUCUCUAUCGGUGGUCCGUGACAUUGAGGCGCCCAGCGAUACGGACACCACCUGGAUGAUGCAAUUCGCCCAAUUUGUCGAUCACGAUGUGUUGGAAACUGUCGAAGCCAAACUAGCGGACGGAUCACCGAUCCCUUGUUGCACGGACGACGGGCUAUUCCUUUCUGAACAAGACUACGCUCACGGCAAGUGUAUCCCCGUCGAAAUUCCCAAGGACGACCCGUUUUACUCCAAGUUUCGCCAGCGCUGUAUGCAAUUUGCCCGUUCCGCUCCCGCGUGCAGAACUGACCGUCGACUUGGUUAUGUAGAGCAGAUGAACCAAAAUACGCAUUUCUUGGAUUUAUCGGCCGUCUAUGGUUCCAGCGAAGAAGUGGCCCUUGAGGUCCGCACGUUCAAAAAUGGCGCCUUAAAUGUGACUCGACUCCGCAAGGGUUAUCACCACCAAAUGGACUUGCUCCCUCCCGACGAUGUCGGCCCUGAGAUUUCCACUUGUGCCUUAUCGAAGGCCGUGUCCGGAAUUGAUCCACCGCCCGAGGUCAGGUGCUUUAAAGCAGGCGACAAUCGAGUGAAUGUAUCGCCGUACAUGGCCAUCACGCAGACCGUCAUUUUGCGUGAACACAACCGAGUUGCGGAGGGACUGGCCGAGUUGAAUCCGCACUGGGACGACGAGCGUCUCUACCAGGAGACUAGGCGCAUCCUAAUUGGUCAAUGGCAUCACGUCAUCUACAACGAAUUUCUUCCAGCUCUUAUCGGCCGAUCGAAGAUGCAGGAGCUCGGCCUGUUGCCACUUCAAAAAGGUUUCAGCCGCGAUUACGACGACCAAGUCAAUCCGUCGAUUUUGAAUGAAUUUGCGGGCGCCGCUUUCCGUUUCGGCCACUCCCUGGUUCCUGGAAGGCAAGAUCUCAUCAAUCAGCAGCGAAUAAAAGAGAAAGACAUUUUACUACGCCAACACUUUUUCAAAACCCAAGAGGUUUACCCGCCUGGGAAUGUCGACAAGUUUCUCAUCGCCUUGGCAACAGUCCCUAGUCGAAGUGUCGACAACUAUUUCACCGAGGAGAUGACCAAUCAUUUGUUCGAAGAGGAGGGCAAGGGCUUCGGCAUGGAUAUAGUGUCGCUCAACAUUCAGCGCGGUCGUGAUCACGGUUUUGAUGGCUACAAUGCUUAUCGUGCUUUGUGUGGCCUUCCAGUCGCUAAAGAGUUUCACGAUCUUCUCGAUUUACUUUCCCCAACGGUGGUUGAGAAAUUCGAGUUGUUGUACGACUCUGUCGACGAUAUUGAUUUGUUCAUUGCUGCCGUGUCGGAGAAAAAAGCCGAAGGUGCCUUGGUUGGACCCACUUUUUCUUGCAUCAUCGCCGACCAGUUUUUGAGGCUGAAACGGGGCGACCGCUACUUUUACGAUCUCGGCGGACAGCCCGGCUCAUUUACGGAAGAUCAAUUGAAUGAAAUUCGGAAAAUCAGUUACGCCCGUCUCGUCUGUGACAACAGCAACGUCUUGUCCAGUCAGCCACUCAUUUUCAAAUCUGUCUCUGAAGUGAAUCCCAUUGUGGAUUGCGAGUCCUUUGACUCCAUUCCCCGGAUGAACCUUUACCCGUGGAAAGAAGUGAAAAACUCUGCUUGGCAUGUGGCCGAAGACGGCGUCAAAUGGUUCCCCGACUGUGACUUUCCCGGUUACGACAUUGGCUACGUCCAGCAAGUGGCCGACGGAGGCCAAUGCGCCCAAAAGUGCAAGGAGACCAAAGGAUGCAACGCAUUUUGGGCCAGCGACGGCUGGUGUACGCUGAAAACCAUCCCAUCGUGGCGCCAUCGAGCCCAUCUCAGCGGCGGCAUUUGCGGCUUUGUUCCAGAGAAAUUUUGAUUUCUUUUCAUUAUUUAUCAACUCCAACCAUUUGGAAAAAUCCCCGCAGUCAAAUAUUGCAAACUUGCUGUUUCUUGAUUCUGAUGAUUUUCUCCCCCCCCCUUUUUUAUUGCCUUGAAUUUUGAAUUUCCCUUUUAAAAUCAAAACCAAAAGUAUAAUGACUAGAAUAUUAUCAAUCAGAAAAUAUUUUCACGCAUUCCCUUUUUUUUCCAGAAAAUUACAAUGUGUUUUUCGUCCACCAGCCAAUAUUACGCAGUGUUGUUUGA